AUGUCUUCCUCAUCGAACACUGCACUCAAGGCGCUCAUAUCACGUUGCGAUAAUAAUAGCCUCUAUGACUACACGUCGCGCUUCAUUCCAGAGCUGGCUCUCCUAGGCUACACAGAUGUAGCAGCGCGCCUGACAAGCAGACUCAACAACUAUGACUUCUACCACGACCGAUUCGGAAGCCUUCGGCCCCUUUGGUUCCUCUGGGAUCUGCGUGCGAAGGCAGAUGGUGUGCCAUGGCCUGAUGGAGAAGAAGAUAAGGUGCGUCGGGCUGUGAAGGAUAGACGAGCCAAGACUAGCAGCGACGUUGCUCGAACGAGGAAUGACGGAACAAUAACACCGGACGAUGUACAGGAAGAGCUGAAACUUAUCGCGAAAGAGUUUGCGUCGAAAUGGUACAAGCCCACUGUGAUGCCGGGGUCAGGACCUGCAGAAGCACUCCACGUCCAUGAGCUUGAUCGUUCAUCGACCACUUCUCAGAUGCUUGAUAGUGCGAAAGAUGCAAUCCAUAAAUUGGAGACUGCAAGUCCGGCACCUACAAUCCGAGACGUGAGAAGCGGGUUGGUGCGCAUACUGGACCUGGUCUUAUCGGCUGAAGCACACCAUGAACAGCUCGGCAUGGGCGAAACAUUACGCAAGUUGGGCGCCCCGACAUCCCAUGAGUUACUACGUUGGCUAGCGCAUAGCUUUGGAGAACGGUCAUAUGAGACUCAGCCAGCAAUGGAGUCCAGGCAGGCAUGGAAGCCAUAUAAAAGUGGAGCCCUGAGACAGCGAGUUAACAUUGAUGAAGCAGCGCUCGCAACCUUCGCAAAGGACUUCGAGCACGCUUUGACCGAUCGACUCACGAACGGUCGAACUAGACCAAGAGCGAAUAUCUCCAUGCAAGAACUCUUGGAAGCGGCAGAAUACAACACGAAACACAACGCCGAAGCCAGAAAAGUUAAUCCCGAGCCGCCCGAAACCUCGCUCUUCCACUCCCCAGCCACCGACUCGCAGAUUGAAGAAGCCGAAGCCCGUCUGAACACCACCUUGCCAGACGACUACAAGACCUUCAUUCGCCUCAGCAAUGGUUUCGGUUCUCCGUGGGGCCACCCCCUAGGCGACCUCCAAACACCUCUCCACCCUGUCGAUAAACUACGCUGGCUAGACCCCGCAGAAGAAGACUACUUCACCGACCUCACGCUCGACCUACCAACUCGAUGGGAUAAAUGGCCUUUCGCACCCCCUCCAACUAAGAAGGCCUAUGCCUGCGACGAAGUGACAGAGCAUUUCCUCAUCGGUCGUGCAUUAGAGAUUGGUACACAGGAGAUUGAUAAUACGUGGCUCCUUCCGCCUUCUACCAUUACGCCGAUCAAAGAUGCCGUGGAGAAGAUGCUGGACGAUGAGACCCUGGGCGAACGCGAAAAGAACAGUGUAGGAGUUGCGAUAAGGGAUUUCGCGGGUAGUGAAGAGGAGUGGGAGGAGAUUGAGUGGGCGUGUGUUACUUGGGCUAGUGGAGGGGUGGCGGCUAUGUAUGUUUAUCCGGGGUUUAGGGCGUGGCUUGAGGAUGUUGUUGAGAAGGGGAGGGUUGGGUUAGAUGGUGUGGAGGAGGAAGAGAAAGAGAUUAUGUUGAAGCGUGGAAUGUGGCUGGGGAAAGUGUUCCAGAAUGGAGAGAGCGGGGAUAAGUCGGACGCGGAGGAGUUGCCGGGGUGGCUGAAAGACGCGAUCAAGGCGGCGAUGCCAAAAAGAAGAUGCUGA